AUGCAGAGCAUUGAUGAGAUGAGCCAGAAUCUUCAGAGCACUCUCUGUGAACUAGAGACACUGAAAAUGGAAGCCAGCGAGAAAUCAAGAACACACAGAGAAGAAGUCAACCACCUUCUCAAUCUCCUCAAGUUCACUCAGCAAGAACGAGACGAAGCUAAACAACAAUUAUCUCAAUUUCUCAUCCAAACCCAAAUCCCAAAUUCAAGAAGCAUCAAUGAAUCAAACAGCCUCUCUCAUGAUGGAUCUUCUUCUCCUUCUUCUUCAGAGCUCUCCAGCUUCCUCUAUAUUCAUCCUUCUCAGCCGUCGAUGAUCAUCGAAGAUCCAACGGCUAACAAUCACCAGCUCGAUCCUCUUGACUUUCUCGUGAUGGGGAAAGCUUUUCCGGAGACGGGAAAGCUUUUGCAAGCGGUGGUGGAGGCUGGGCCGCUGCUUCAAACGCUUCUCGUGGCGGGACCGCUUCCAAAUUGGGUAAACCCACCGCCUCAAACGCAAUCGCAGCGUUUUGAUUUACCUCCUCCCACUCCUAUCGCGUUUAGAGGAUCUCACGCUGAUGUCAGUAGUAGCGGCGCGUCGGGGCGAUGUGAUUCUGGGACGUGUUCUGGUUCGGUUAAGAGAUUUGGGUUUGGUUCGAGUUCGGUUAUCGAUCAAACGAUGUUAACUGGAAAAAGGCAGAGAUUAGAGUAG